AUGGAUAUUGUUAACGAACUGGAAGAAUACAAGAAGACAGUGGACAAUGCGAAGGAUAAGCUGAAAGAAGCAAAGAGUGCACUAAAAAAAUUUUAUAAUGAUGGUCACGGUGACUUGUUAAAGGAGUUGAACAGCAGGAUGCUGACAGACAAACUUGACAGUGAUGAGAGAGAGACAAGGGAGAUGCUGGUGAAGUGGGAGCAUGUCCUGCAGAAAACCGCGAUAAUAUAUUUGGAAUUGUGGCAACGCAAGUAUGCAGUCUUCCAAGAGGCAAGAAUUCUAAUUCAGCAAGUAGAGUGA